GCAUCCCUAAUAUUGGUUUUGUGUUUUGGUUUUGUUGAAAAUUUCUGUUUGAGUUUUUUUUGCCCCACCCCCCUAUCAAUUUGAGAUUUAGUUUGUAACUUUAACAACGCCAAAAUCAAAAAAAAAAAUUAGCCCAAAUUAUCGUGUACCCGAUCGAUAUCAAGGGACGACGAGUGUAACCAUAGAAACAGCCCAGACCGAGGCAGACCUCAAGCAAAAGAGUGGAGCAGAGCCGAGCAGAGCAGCGAGGGCGUGCGUCUGGUGACGAAAUAGAGUCGACGGCAGAGAUAACGUUUACCACAAGCACAAACCACACUAACUGUGACUGUGACUGCUGGCAUUCAGCAGCGAGCAUUCUCGAAGAACAGGCGGCAAUUCCAGCAGCAGCAGCAGCAGCAGCCAGACCAGACCAGUCCCACAGCCAGAAGAAGAAGCAGAAUCAGAAUCAGAACCAUGUCCGUCGAUCCCAACACACCCGUGCUGCGUAACUGCAUUCGCCUGCCUUUGCCCGAGGAAGAAUUGCUCGAGGUGACGGCCAAGGCCAAGGACUAUGCCAUCAUGCACGGUGCGGCAAUGCGUUCCAAGACCAGCUUCAGUCCGGAUUCGCUGAACUUUGCUCCGUUUGUGCUGGUCCCCUCCUCGUUUCCGCGCAAGGAGUUUGAGAAGGCGGUGGCCCUGCAGCCGAUCAUCAAUCGUCUGAUGCACAAUGUGGCCCACGAUGAGGAGUUCAUCACGACCACACUGGCGGAGACCAUCAAGGUGGAUGAGUUCACCGCCAAUCUGUUUAACAUCUAUCGCAAAGUGCUGGCCCAUGGCUACACCCAGCGCACUUCAUUGGGGAUGCUGCGCAGCGACCUAAUGCUUGAGUCCGGAUGCCCGGAGCUCUCGCCAAAGGCGCUGCUAUUGCGAGGAGAGGCUGGCGAGGAUGGUCAUGCGACUACUGCUGCUGCUGCUGCUGCUGGAACUGGAAGCGGAGGAGGAGGAGGAGGCGGCGGCAAGACCAAGGCAGUAACGAAGGAGGAGGAGGAGGAGCAGGCCAAGCGGAAUUUGCAUCUGAGUCAAGCCACGGUCUCUGGGAUAACCACCGCUACCGUGGCAUCCAAGGAUUGCAAGACGGCCGCCUACUGCUGCUGGAAGCAGGUCGAAAUCAAUACGAUAGCUUCGGGCUUUGGCCAUUUGGGACCAGCAAGUAAAACCGUACAAAGUUUCGUGCUGAGGGAACUGGGACAUGCCGACAAGCUGCCGAAUAUGCCCAAGAACAACGCCCUGGCUGGACUCUGUGACGGAAUGGUCAAGGCCUGGGAUAUCUAUGCCAAGCCGCAGUCCGUGAUCUUGUUCAUCAUUGAGGACGUGUCGUACAACAUCUGCGACCAGCGCUUCCACGAGUUCUACAUACGGGAGACCUAUCCACACAUCAAGGUGCUGCGUCGCACCCUCACCGAUGUCCAUCGCGAGGGUAAACUCGGCUUGAACAAGGAGCUCCUGCUGGGUGGUAAACUUGAGGUGGCUGUGAUCUACUUCCGUGCUGGGUACGAGCCCGGACACUAUCACUCGCAGGACGAGUGGGAUGCCCGCUACCUGAUGGAGACGUCGCUGGCCAUCAAGUGCCCGUCGAUCCAAUACCAUCUGGCGGGUACGAAGAAGGUGCAACAGGCACUGGCCCAGCCGGCGGUGCUGGAGCGCUUCAUCAACGAUCCGGAGGAGAUGAAGGCGGUGGGCAAAAUCUUCACCGGCCUCUACUCGCUGGACGACAACGAUGCAGGCAAUGCCACCUACGAGAUGGCCCUGCGCACACCCGAGAAGUUUGUGCUCAAGCCGCAGCGCGAGGGCGGUGGCAACAAUGUCUAUGGCGUGGACAUUCCAGAGGCGCUCAAGCGUAUGUCGCGCGUUGAGCGCUCGGCCUGGAUCCUCAUGGACCUAAUACAUCCGCCCUUGACCAAGGGCUAUAUGGUGCGUCCCGGCGCCGAGAUGCCGCCCACCAUUGUGGACAUGGUCUCCGAGCUGGGAAUCUUUGGGGUGGUCAUCGGCGAUGCCGAUCAUAUCAUUCACAAUUACCAGGCCGGUCACAUGCUGCGCACCAAGCUGUCGACGGCCAACGAGGGCGGCGUGGCCGCCGGCCUGGGUGCACUGGACAGUCCCUAUUUGAUCGACAGCGAUGACGAUGACGAGGACGAGAACUAGAUGCCAGUCCAGUCCAGUCAAGUCCAGCAGUCGUGCGGCAUUCCACCACAGUGGCCUCAUGCGUGUAUAGAAAAAAAAAAAGUAUUUUUAUAAAGCAUAUUGUACAUUUCCCCCCCCUGUUCGGCUCCCCCACCCAAAUCCCUUUCGAGGAGUGUCCGUGUUGUCUCAGUUGCAAUAAAACGUAAAUUUAUCAAA